AGAAAACAAACCGGAGUAGCAUCGAUCGAUUAAUUUUUUUUUCUUCCUUUUUCUUUUCCUUCAUCGUCUGCUGUUCACACGGCGGGACUUGUGUAGAGACAUAGUUUUCUGAACGUCUCUGUGGAGACAGUGUGCAGAUACAACAAUGCUCCUCCAGCUCCUCACACUGGCCUGUGGGCUCUGCUGCUUGGGUUUUACCUCCGUCACUGCAAAUGUGCUGAAAGCAGAGGCUUGGCUGCAGCAGUUUGGCUACCUGCCUCCAGGUGAUGUCAGAGCUCAGGCUAUCCGCUCACCCAAAUCCAUUGCAACAGCGAUAAUAGCCAUGCAGAGGUUUUAUGGUUUGACUGUCACCGGCUCCAUAGACGCCAACACGUUAGAGGCGAUGAGCCGGGCACGAUGUGGCGUCCCAGACAAGUUCGGCCCGGAGCUGAAAACCAACCUGAGGAGGAAGAGAUACGCCAUACAGGGUCUGAAGUGGGACAAGUCUGAGGUGACAUUCAGCAUACAGAACUACACCCCGAAAAUUGGUGAACAUGCCACAUAUGAAGCCAUCCGGAGGGCCUUCAAGGUGUGGGAGAGCGCGAUCCCCCUCACCUUCAGAGAGAUCCCCUACAGCCAGAUCCAGGGCAAGGUCGACAAGUUUGCAGACAUCAUGCUCUCCUUUGCAGAGGGUUUCCACGGCGACAGCACGCCAUUUGAUGGUGAGGGUGGCUUCUUGGCGCACGCUUAUUUCCCAGGCCACGGCAUCGGAGGAGACACGCAUUUUGACCUCGCCGAGCCCUGGACCACUGGGACCGUCGACCAGGGAGGUAAUGAUGUUUUCCUGGUAGCCGUCCAUGAGCUGGGUCACGCUCUGGGUCUGGAGCACUCCAACAACCCUUCUGCCAUCAUGGCCCCUUUCUAUCAGUGGUUUGACACUGAAAACUUCCAGCUGCCCGACGACGACCGCAGAGGCAUCCAGGCCAUCUACGGAACAAAGUCCGGCGCUCCCCCUCCUCCCCCUCGACCCACGAAGACACCCGUCAAGCCGGACAAUGGCCCGGACAUCUGCGAGGGUCACUUUGACACCAUCGCUGUCCUCAGAGGCGAAAAGUUUGUAUUUAAGGACAAAUGGUUUUGGCGUGUGCGUAACAACAAAGUGUUGCCAGGAUACCCCAUGGCCAUUGGUCACUUCUGGAAAGGCUUGCCUUCAAACAUUAACGCUGCCUAUGAGAGAGAUGAUGGGAAAUUCAUCUUCUUCAAAGGUGACAGAUACUGGGUUUUCAGUGAGUCUAAUAUGGAAAAGGAUUCCCCCAAGAGCCUGAAAGACCUGGGUACUGGUCUGCCCAAAGACAAGAUCGACGCUGCUCUCUUCUACACACCAACAGGACAGACGUACUUCUUCAGAGGCACUAAGUACUACCGUUUCAACGAGCAGACUCGCACUGUGGACAGAGACUAUCCAAAGCCUAUCAGCAUGUGGAAUGGAGCACCAGAAAACAUCAAGGCUGCCAUCAUGAGCGAGGAUGGAUCUUACACGUAUUUCUACAAAGCCAACAAGUACUGGAAGUUCAACAACCAGUACAUGAAGGUGGAGUCUGGCUACCCCAAGUCUGUGCUCAGGGACUGGAUGGGCUGCGAUAGCGAGGAUCCCAAGAAAGGUCGGGAAGAGGAGGUGAUCAUCAUCGAGGUGGAAGAAUCGCAGGGCGGGGCCGGGCCGGUGGCGGUGGUGAUCCCUCUCCUCUUACUGGUCCUGGUGGUGGUCACUCUGGGAGCGCUUUUGUUCUUCAGGAAGUACGGCACGCCUCGACGCCUCCUCUACUGCCAGAGAUCCCUGCUGGACAAGGUGUAGACAGAGCGACGGGUGAUUGACAGACUGCCACAGAGGGACAGAAAGAGAGGGAGAAAGAGGGCCGGAUGAAGAUGGAAACUGAGAGGAGGGGCGGAAAGAAAUGAAAGAGGAGGAGAGAGCAACUGGAGACAAGAUGGAUGAUUAGGGAUUUUUUUGGUUAAAAAAAAAAAAGGGACGAUGCUGAUGUGUUACGGUUUGGGUGGUCUGUAAGUGCCACAACAGAGUUUUCUCAAAAAGGGCCCUAAACUGAAAUCAGGAAAAUGUGUAUUUGUAUGUUAAGUAUUUACAUGUACUGUUCUGUGUUCAGAGAUUAAGAACAUACCCACAAUCUCAAGACUUCAUCGAUGACUUCCCUCCUGCCUCUCCUCUCUCACACCCCUCCAAAAAGAGAAAAAAAACCCCCCACAAAAAUCCCUUCUUCCUCUCCUUUUAACUGGACGACUCCAGCUGAACUGCUGUCUGAUUCAUUAGCUUCACCAGUGUAGACUUUACAAAUCUGUGCUUUCAGUUUGGGGUUUUACACAGAAAUUUGAGUUUUUGCUAUAAAAUGCAUUUGCUGUCAAAUCUUUGGGGAUAUUUUUGGGAGGGAGUUUAACUUUUUUUUUUUUUUUUUUACUUAAAUUCAUCAUUUUGAAUACUGUUAAAACAUUUGCUGUUAAAUCCAAUGUUUAGGCAACAUUUUCUACCACUAAGUAGG